CCUGGGUUACUUCUCUAGAGCCCACGCCUGGGAUUGUCUUCAACAAUAUUCAUUGGCCAGUGGACCAUCAGUCACACCGUUACUCUUUUGUCUGAAGAUCUUACCAACUUCAGUAGAAAGCACUCUAUUGUACACAAUGAGUAACAUGGUGACAGAGAUUUUGGCCUUUAUUCUCACCACCUCUGGCUGGGUCCUGAUCUCCUCCACCAUACCCACGGAUUACUGGAAGGUGUCCUCUCUGGAUGGCACGGUCAUCACCACAGCUACCUUCUGGUCCAACCUGUGGAAGACCUGUGUCACUGAUUCAACAGGAGUCUCCAACUGCAAGGACUUUCCCUCCAUGCUGGCACUGGACGGCUACAUCCAGGCCUGCCGGGGUCUGAUGAUCACUGCUGUAUGUUUGGGCUUCUUUGGUGCUGUCUUCGCCUUGGUUGGAAUGAAGUGCACCAAGAUUGGGGGAUCAGACCAAAGCAAGGCCAGGACAGCUUGCAUCGCCGGAGUCAAUUUCAUACUCAGCGGUCUCUGCUCGUUGUCUGCAUGCUCCCUGUAUGCACACAGGAUAACAUCUGAGUUUUUUAACCCCAUGUUUGUCGCUCAGAAGUAUGAACUGGGGGUUGCCUUGUUCAUUGGUUGGGCAGGAUCUAUUCUUUGUAUUCUGGGAGGGGUGAUACUCUGCUUCUCAAUAGCAGAUAGUUCCACUACAAGUCACACUGGCUAUGCCUACAGAGGAGCUACCUCUGCCUCUAAUGUUUCUUCUCACCCUAGAGGGCAUGCACAGCCCAUGAGCCAGAGGCCUCCACCAGAGUACAGUAGCUCUUCUAGAGUACAGCACUUUGAUAAGAAUGCCUAUGUGUAAGGGAUGAUAGGACAAAUGCAGAACCUGAACAGUGGCAUGGUCUCGAGAGGCCAAUAUACUGACAUACCAGUUAAGAGGAGAAAGAAUGUGUUACGUGACUGGCUGGCCCAUUGUGUCACAAAUUAUGACAGAUCAGAAAGAGAUCACUUUAUAUUGGAGUUGAUCCCCAUGUUCACCUAUUUAUGACAGCACUCAUUUCUAGUCCAAUGGAAAUCAGAGCUUUUUUGAGUUCGUAGAAGAUUUGCUGAGAUUUGAGGCUCUGAUAUUUACUUUAUAAUAAAAUGUGAGCCUUCUGGUAGACCUACGCUGCGAAUCGAAAUAGUGUCAAUAAUAACCACUUUUCUGUACAAUUGUUGAUUUUUUUUUAAUUUUAUUUUUUGAUAAUUGUUUGACAUUAAAGUGAGGAUGUGAACUGUUA